UGCCCGUGUUGUAUUACAGUACGCUUGACGUCGUCUUCCGGUGCCGGUUUCUGUCAAAAUGGCUGUUCCGCUUCGGUUCAAUGUUUCUGUUAUUUUGACUCUUUUCUUUGUCGUGUGUUCGGAUUUAGUAUGUUGUAAUAACGGCAGGAGGGUCGGAGACUCUCCGGAGGCCUCCGAGUUCAGCGGCCUGUCUGUGCCUCUGGAGCACUCGUUUGAAGUCGACGAUGUAGCAAAGUUUCAGGUACGCGGAGCUCUGGUGUUAAAAGCUGGAAGGGAGCCCAGCGUCUCACUGACCCAGAACCAGCUAUCAGAGGAGGACAGAAGCAAACUGAAGGAAGUGGCCGCAGUGGACGGUCUGUACAGAAUCCGAGUGCCUCGUGUUUUCCUGCAGGCAGACAGGCCGACAGAGCGACAGGUGGAAGGUUACCUCACAGCGUUCGUCAGAGCCUGCGCCAUGGUCGAGUCCCAUCUGAGCGACGUCAUCACCCUCCACUCCGACGUGUCCGGGUACCUCAUCGGGGUUUCCAUAGUGACGUUACCUGGAGCCUGCAGGGGCACGGAGGUGGAGGAUGAAGUCGAUCUUGAAGUUUUCAACACCACGCUCAGCGUCGUGGCUCCCGUCAAUGCUCCGGGACCUGAGACGGCUCUGUUCCUGGAACGCAUGGAGCUGGAAUCUAAGAAAGAUAAAAACCCGCAAGAGCAGAAAUCUUUCUUUGCUAAAUAUUGGAUGUACAUCGUACCUCUCGUUCUCUUCUUGAUGAUGUCAGGCGCUCAGGACCAAUCAGGUGGAGGAGCCGGGGGCGGAGCGGGCAACGGAGGAGGCCGAUGAUCAACGCGACUAACAGCUGCUUCUGAACAAUAAUUCUCUUGAACAGUUUUGAAUUGCUGUACAUAAUGCUAUUUAAUGAGGAUACAUGUCACACACAAACACAGCGUAUGCUUGUACAGUAAAGAGGAGAUAUCGAGCCCUGCAGGCGACCGGCUGCAUUUUUAAUACUAAUGUGAAAAUAAAGUAUUUAUUACUUGA